AUGUCCGUCUUCGAUGCGUCCACGAUUACCUCGUCCGCCGAGAUCUUCUCCGGAACCCACACCCUCCCCCAGAUCCGCGCCAUCCACAAGUCCCUCCAUGUCCAGAUCGAGGAGAAGGCCACGCGCCUCCGCACCCAGGUCGGCAGCUCCUACCGUGAGCUGCUCGGCACUGCGGACACGAUAGUCCAGAUGCGCAACGACAACGUCGCCGUGCAGGAGCUGCUCGGCCAGAUGGGCGGCCGCUGCGGCCGGGCCAUCGUGGGCGACAAGGUCAGCGGGCUGGCGGACUUCGUCAAGGGCGCCGACAGGCCGGAGCUGGAGGAGGAUGCCAAGGCCAGGCUGCUGGGGGCUUCUGUGCUGGUUAUCGGGCGGCUGCUCAAGGGGGGGGCCGUGGCCGGCGGUGAGAUUCACGGCUCGGCGACGAGAGGGGACAGGCUGGUCCUUGCCGCGAAGCUGCUGGUGCUCUGUCGGCUGCUUAACAAGAGCUUUGGGGCCAGUGUGGCGGAGAGCCCACGGCGGCACGAUAUCGAAGCUUCAAACAAAUCACUGAGGAGUCUGCGGAAUCGAUUGACGCGGAAUGUGGAGAAGGCCCUCUCCUCCGAGGUUGAGGAUGCAGAUAGGGAGGACCUCCUAAAGGUGCUCUGUGCGUACUGCCUUGCAUCGAGCUCGGGUGCUAGAGAUGCCCUGCGAUACUUUCUUAACAUCAGAGGCAGAGCCAUGGCGUUCACACUUGAGCUUGAGGAAGGCCAGCGGGAGAAACGGAACGAGGACAUUGUCAAGGGCCUGCGGCUGUAUACUCAAAGUAUAUUAGAUGUUCAAGCUCUGGUACCGACCAGAUUAUCACAGGCCGUUGCCGCGUUGAAGAGUAAGCCACUGUUUUCCGAGCCAGCACUGAGGCAGCUCGAUCAAUUGCGACUAGACGUGUAUGGGCGAUGGUGUGGCGAAGACAUUGAAUACUUCACACCUUUCAUUCGUCAUGACGACCUUGACGGCAAGCAAGCAAGGGAAAUGCUAUUUGAUUGGGCCAAGAAGGGCGAAAGGGUUCUUUUAGAGGGCGUCGAAGCUUCAAUGGAGCACAUGUCCGAGUUCAAGUCCAUCAUGGAGCUGAGAACUAGUCUUUUACAGCUAUGGAUUCGCGAAGGUGGCAAGGCAAAAGGCAUCGAUCCCGCAGAUAUGCAAGACGAUCUACGUGAAGUCAUCAACGGACGCCUCCUCGCCGUCUUGGAGGCCAAGGUCAAGAAGCUCCGGAUCGUAGGGUCCGAGGUGAGCUCAACGCUCGACAGUUGGCGAAGUGGUAUCACCGACAAGCGACACGGUCUUUGGGGCGAGCAAGGUUACGAUACAGCGCUUUCCGACGGCGCGGCACCAUUCAUAGAAGAGGUUGUGUCUCGACUCUUUGGUCGAAAUGACGCCGUCUCCAAGGCACUGAACUGUUACAGAUCCUGGUUCCAUGUCAUUGACGACGUGAGAGAGGUAGUACAGUCAUUAGAAAAACAACGCUGGGACAACGACUACGAUGAGGUUGAGGACGAGGAGACAAUCCAGGCCCGACAACAAAUUCUCAGCCAAGAGGACCCCAAGAAAUUAAAAGAAAAGCUUGAUUCAUCACUCGGCGAAGCUUUCCUCGAACUCGAUCAGCAAUUCACCAAGCUCUGGGAGGAGCAUGCCAGAAGUCCCAACGCCGAACAUAUCUCCAUAUAUCUGCUUAGAGUAGUGAGAGACAUCCGCAACCAACUGCCCGCUCUCGGGUCUGUCAAGAGCUUUGGGCUGGGCAUAGUUCCAUCUCUACACGAGAAACUGACAGAGCACGUGGCGAUAAAGGUUUUGGAUAAUUUUGCAUCAACGGGUCUAUCAGAAAGGAAUGUCGAAAUCCGUGCUUUGUGGGAAGGGAAGCCGCCCCUACCAACCCAACCAUCACCGGGGACGUUUGCAUUUCUCCGUGACCUGACCAAUUCAAUGGGCGAGGCUGGGAGUGAUCUAUGGAGCCCCCGGGCUGUGAAAACAGUGAAAGAGUUUCUGGCUCUGAGGCUGGGGGCAAUGUGGAAUAUGACCAUGGCUGAUCUGGAAUCCGAGACUACUUCGGUAGGCCACCAAAGGCCCAAGAAGAAGGCCGAUGAGGACGACGCCAACACCAAGGACGGCGAGAAAUCUGAGACCGAAGAAGGGAAAGAAGAGGAAGAGAAGGACGAAAAGGAGGAUGACACGGACAGCGACGAACCAAGCCCCGAUGAGCGGAAGCGCGACCUGCAAAUCCAGUGGCUCUACGAUGUGGCAUACCUGCAGCAGGCCCUCGCACUCAAGCAGGAUGGUAAAACAAAGGAUGACCAGGUCUCAUCACCCUACCUGGAGGAUCUUGAGGCAAAACUUGUGAGGCAGACCGGUCUUGAUGAAGCAUCGCGGCAGCGCAUGAAAAAGUCUGCAGAUGUUUUCUGGCAGCGAACCAAACUGCUCUUUGGAUUGUUAGCGUAA